ACAAUCAUCAGGUCCUGCAUCUCUGGAGCAGAUCCCAAGUUUAUUUGGGAAAUAAAUCCCUUUGCUUGACAUGGAGACUGCAGUGUUCACCAGCUGGCUCCUUUUCCUGAUGUUCAGCCCAGCUGUUCCCAUGUGUUUACCCACAGACUUCACCCUGUAUGUGGAACGGCCAGAGUGUGGCUACUGUGUGGCGAUCAACACAACCAUCUGCAUGGGAUUCUGCUACUCAAAGGACAGUAACCUGAAGCACCCACUCCGCACACGCUUCCUGAUCCAGCGAGGCUGUACCUAUGACAAGGUGGAAUACCGUGCGGCCGUACUGCCCGGCUGCCCCGUGGACUCCAACCCCGUCUUCACCUACCCCGUGGCCCUCAGCUGCCACUGUGGGGCCUGCAGGACGGACAGCAAUGAGUGCAUACAGAGGGCCGGCCCUGACAGAGCUCGCUGUACCAAACCAGUGAGAAGUCUCUACCCGUACCCUGGCCAGAGAAACUACAUGAUCCCUUUCUGAUUCUCCUGGUAUCAGCUUAUCUCUUUUUACUGUUAAAACGACCCAGCAGCUGCAUGAGUCAUGAAUGUUUUUAGAUGAAACAAACACCAUCCUUUAGUUGGUGAUGGAUACAGAGUUAUCUAUACUGUCUGUUCUGGUACCUAUUGUUCCCGACUGUUUAUUGUGUCUUUGUUGCCAAGCGUGCUUGUGCUGCAGCCCUGCUACUCACUUUACAAUGCAGGGUUGAUCCUGGCGCACAUUUUAGUCAGCGUCAUUAUUUAUCCUCCUGUACCCUUGUGUGUGUGUGUGUGACUCCCAGACGUAUUAUGUUUACUCUGGGAUACUCUGAAUUCAACUCAAUUAAAGCUGACGUCUCUA